ACAACAGCCAUCAGUCAACUUUAGUUCACUACAACCAAUCAUGUCUGGAAGAGGAAAAGGCGGCAAAGGUCUCGGUAAAGGGGGCGCCAAGCGUCAUCGCAAAGUUCUCCGCGAUAACAUCCAGGGUAUUACCAAGCCCGCUAUUCGCCGUUUGGCUCGUCGCGGUGGCGUCAAACGUAUCUCCGGUCUCAUCUACGAGGAGACACGUGGUGUGCUGAAGGUUUUCCUGGAGAACGUCAUCCGUGACGCCGUCACCUACACUGAGCACGCUAAGAGGAAGACUGUUACUGCUAUGGAUGUUGUCUACGCUCUCAAGAGACAAGGGCGCACUCUGUAUGGCUUCGGCGGUUAAACAUGAGCCAGUAUUAACUCUUAUCAACCAAAGGCCCUUUUAAGGGCCAAACACUUCUUCAAUACAGAGUACUAUUCCCAAUGUUAUUUACUGCAUAGAGUAUAUUAUAACAAGCUGUUUCAACAAUAACGGUAUUAAAGCUGAAUUUAUUGAACACCUAAACAAACAAACAAACAAACGAAAGGAAGGUACAGUAUCGUCAGCUAAUGAAGUGAAAAUACAAACUCCAGUGAUUCGAAUUUACACUGUUGUGUACAACUUUAAAAUUCUUACUUUGUAUCAUUUUCUAGAUGAAAGCUAUUUUGAGCUAUAGAUCAUGCUGAUUUGUAUCAUACAUUAGUUUCUUUUACAAAAUCCUAAACGGCUGUUAGAUUGCCUAAAUUCAAUGUAAAAUAAAUUUAGAACAUUUUGACAUCAUAUGGGUUUGUUUUUGUGUGUGCAUUAAAUCUUAGCCUAACACUAGCCUGUCCGUCUUGACAUUUCAUUUUACUCAAAUGUCGAUCGAACUCCCCCCAGUCAAAAUGGAUUGGACGUCUUUCGCCGUCAAAGGCAGUGAAACGUGAUCACUCAAUGUCAGCCUUACCACUUGAAUUUGAUGUUUAUAAUUGACUUUGGGCGCAUUAAAGGCUACAAAUCAAGAGGUCCAGAUGAGUACUAUUCCCAAUGUCAAUUACUUUAUAUGAUGUGCUUGUAUCAAUUGUUUUAAACUAUGACAAUAACUGUAUUACAGCUAAAUCAAUUGACCACAUGAGCAAACUAAGUACAGCACUGCAAU